GUAAACGUUAAAGAUGUUUAAAAUACUGUUGAUUGUAGCUGCCGUUGUUUGCGGCUGUAAUUCUGAGCUGCUUCGGGUCCCACUCAAGCGUUUCAAAACAGCCAGGCACCAUUUUUCAGAUGUCGGCACGGAGUUGCAUCAAUUACGUAUUAAAUAUGCAAAUGGUGGUGUAGCUCCUGAACCGCUUUCCAAUUACCUAGAUGCGCAAUACUAUGGCCCAAUAUCUAUUGGAACUCCCCCGCAGAGCUUCAAAGUAGUUUUUGAUACAGGUUCCUCAAACCUCUGGGUACCAUCGAAGAAAUGCCAUUUAACGAACAUCGCCUGCUUAAUGCACAACAAGUACGAUGCUACAAAAUCUAAAACAUACGAAAAAAAAGGCACCGAAUUUGCCAUACACUACGGUUCUGGUAGCUUGUCUGGAUAUUUAUCAUCUGACACUGUAAAUAUCGGUGGACUGAAUAUUAAAAACCAAAUUUUUGCCGAAGCUAUGAGCGAACCCGGACUAGUAUUUGUUGCAGCGAAAUUCGACGGUAUUCUUGGCUUGGCUUACAAUUCGAUAUCUGUGGAUGGAGUUAAACCCCCAUUCUACAGCAUGUAUGAACAGGGUCUUAUCUCGGCACCAAUAUUUUCCUUUUAUCUUAACCGUAAUCCUGCUGCACCUGAAGGAGGUGAAAUCAUAUUUGGUGGGUCAGAUCCAGAGCAUUAUGUCGGAGACUUUACCUAUCUUCCUGUAACCCGCAAAGCAUAUUGGCAAAUUAAGAUGGACUCCGCUUCAAUUGGCGAUUUGCAGCUUUGCAAAGGAGGAUGCCAAGUUAUCGCCGAUACAGGUACCUCAUUAAUUGCUGGGCCCACACAGGAAACCACUGCUAUUAAUCAAGCUAUAGGAGGAACACCUAUAAUGGGUGGACAGUAUAUGGUUUCGUGUGAUAUGAUACCUAAACUUCCAGUAAUUAAAUUUGUAUUGGCCGGAAAAACGUUCGAGCUAGAAGGCAAAGAUUAUAUAUUGCGUAUCGCGCAAAUGGGCAAAACUAUUUGCUUAUCCGGUUUUAUGGGCAUGGAUAUACCACCACCAAAUGGUCCACUAUGGAUUCUAGGAGAUGUAUUCAUUGGUAAAUACUAUACUGAAUUCGACAUGGGUAAUGAUCGCGUUGGUUUUGCCACGGCAAAAUGAAUUUAAGUAGUUAUAAAAAUAGAAUAAGUCUGAUUGGAGGGAGAAUGAUAUGAAGACAGAAAUUGAAUAGAGUACUAUCUAUGGCGAGUAAAUUUCCAUGCAACAACAUGUGGCGAUUUUGUGUGCAUCAAAUGUAUUUUCAGGCUUUAAAUAAAUAAAAUUGAUAAAUCAAAUAUAACCUCGUA